AAAAAGCACAGCAGCUUCAGACACGACUCUUCCCCUCUCUCCCCUCCUCCUUCUCUGCACCAGGGUACGGCCACAGCAAGACAUAGACAAGGCUUGUCAUCGUCCUCCUUCUCCCCACUCACCCCAAAAGCUUUUUGUGUUCUGCAACAGACGCCCGCCCUUCAUUCUUCCUCCUUCCCGUUUCUUUUCCUCCUUUUUUUGUUUUCCUUCCUCAUCCUCUUCCUCCUCUUCCUCCCCCCUCCCCCCGGCGCCACACCUCCGGCCUCGCCUUACUCUCUACCGGAUCCCGUUCACUGGGACAUUGGAAUCCCGGCCUGCCGUUUCGGUGCCCUCGUCCCAAACAACCAAACAAACGAGCAAGCGCCGUAGCACACUGUCUGUCUCCCUGUUAAGUGUUUCUCUCGCCUUUCACAGGCCCGGCGUCGCCCAUUGCUCUCUCUCGACGACCGCGAACCGAAGCGAAACGCCGUUGCAAAACCCCCCUUCGUACUACCCCAAACUCCUCCAACCCGCCGCCGUCAGAGCUCGACCGUUGAUCGCUUUCUUUUCCGGCGCUUCUCCCCGCCACCCGGGAGUGGGGUACUGCCAAACAUGAGCAACUUUGCUCAGUGCAGCUGGCCGAUAUGGGAUAUCGAUGAUCUCACGCCGUGCUUCCAGCAAGACUACCUCAAGAUCCUCUUCCCUCUAAUCGUCAUAGCCUUCUCCUUCCUCCAUCUCGCCCUGCAGGCCAUCCGAACCACCGCCAAGAACCGCAAGCACGGCUACGAACAAGUUCCCGAAGAUCACCACCAUGGCCACACCGACAUCCCCCCCGACGAAACUGCCGGACAAGUUGAAGACGACGACGACGACGAGGCAUUGACCAUGAACGGUGGCGGCCGCCUGGCCCUCGUCAAGACCACCACCAAGGGCUCCAUCGUCCAGGCCGACAGCCCCCCGGCACAGAACUUGACCAUCGUAGUCGAGGAGAUUGCUAUCGCCGGUCUGAUUGCCCUCCAUGUCAUUGCAUUGGUCACGGGCACUGCCCCUGGCCACCACGGCCUGCUCGUUACCGUUGUCGGUCUUGUCACCUGGGUCUACGUCGCCAUUCUCGUCACCCUGCGACUCAUCCUCGGGAACACAAAGUGGCGCGUGCCUCGCAUUUGGAACCACACAGCUGUCAUCUACCUCUUUCAAUGGCUCUUCACCGUCGCCAUCUUCCGCUCCGUCAUUAUCCACCCCAGCAGCCGCCUGUCGCAGAUUCUUACCGUGGUCGAGUUCGCCCUUACCACUCUGCUUUUUGGCCUGGCCAUCACCACCAGGAAGGGAAACAAGACGGUGCUGCUAGAAUGGGAGGAUGGUAUCGAGCCCUCGCGCGAGCCCCUUGCCUCUCUCUUCUCUCUCGCCACCUUCGCCUGGGUCGACCCCGUCAUCUACCGCGGCUACAAGGAGACUCUUGAAAUGAAGAGCGUGUGGAACCUGGUCCCCAAAGAGAAGGCUGCUGCCGUCCUCGCCGACUACCGCACCCUGAAGCGGACCUCCAGUCUGGCAUGGCACUUGAUCAAGUACUUCAAGGGUGAGCUCCUGGUCCAAUUCGCCCUCGCGUCUUUUGCUGGCAUCUUCACUUUCGCCCCGACCCUGCUGCUCAAGGCUAUCCUCGAGUAUGUCGAGAGGCCCGAAGGUGCUCCCAUCAACGUCUUGUGGUUGUACGUCAUUCUCUUGCCCGUUCUCGACAUCGUCAGGUCGUUUGCCGACAACUACGCCUUGUGGAUCGGCCGCAAGAUUUGCAUCCGCAUCCGUGCCAUCAUGGUUGGUGAAAUCUAUGCCAAGGCCCUUCGACGCAAGGCUUCCGCCGGCAAGGAUAAGGAACUCGGCAUGAACAAGCCCUCUGGAAAGCAGGGCUGGUUCGGCAAGCUCAAGGCAAAGCUGGGCUUCAAGAAGGCAAAGGCUGAUGCCGAGGCGGCCGCCAACGGCGCCGCCAAGGACCCCGCCAAGGACGACGAGCAGGCCAACCUGGGCACCAUCAUCAACCUCAUGUCCGUCGACAGCUUCAAGAUCGCCGAGGUCACGGCCUACCUGCACUUCAUCUGCGCCUCCGCUCCGACGCAGCUCAUCAUUGCAAUUAUCCUGCUCUGGGAUGUCAUGGGUCUCAGCGCCAUCCCCGGCCUGGUCGUCAUGGCCCUGCUGUUGCCCAUUAACUACAGCUUUGCUCGAGGCUUCGCCAACACCUCCAAGAAGAUUCUCGGCGCCACCGACAAGCGCAUCAACGUGACCAACGAGGUUUUGCAAAACAUCCGCAUCAUCAAGUACUUUGCCUGGGAAGCCAAGUUUGGCCGCAUCGUCGACGAGAAGCGUGCCGCUGAGCUGAAGGCGCUGCGAUCCCGUUACAUCAUCUGGUCUUUUGCCGUCGCCGUGUGGAACUCGGUCCCUGUGCUCAUCACCUUCUUCUCCUUCCUCAUGUAUACUCUCGUAGAGCACAAGCCUCUCUAUCCGUCGGUUGCCUUUACCGCCAUCUCUCUCUUCAUGCUCCUCCGCGUCCCUCUGGAUCAGAUGGGAGACAUGUUUGCUCACGUUCAGGAGACCAAGGUUUCCCUCGACCGUGUCGAGGAGUUCCUCACAGAGGAGGAAACCGAGAAGUACGUUCAGCUUGGGGAGGACAACGUCGACGAGAAUGGUAACAAGGUCAUCGGGUUCCGUAAAGGUAACUUUAUCUGGGGUGCCAAGGAUGUCGUUGCCGAAGAUGGCUCAAUGGCUUUCCGUCUGAUGGAUAUGGAUGUCGACUUCCGCAUUGGCAAGCUCAACAUCAUCUCCGGACCUACUGGCUCCGGAAAGACGUCCAUGCUGAUGGCUCUACUCGGUGAAAUGACUCUCGUUGACGGCAAGGUCUACUGCCCUGGUGGCCGAAGCCGAGAGGACGUCCGCGCCGAUCCCGAGACCGGUCUGGCUGACACGGUUGCCUAUGUCGCUCAGGCCGCAUGGCUUGUGAAUGCCAACAUCAAGGAGAACAUCCUUUUCGCUGCACCGUACGACGAGAAGAGAUACAGGGACGUCAUUGUCGCCUGUGCCCUGGAGCGCGAUCUCGAGAUCCUCGACAACGGUGACGAGACCUUGGUUGGCGAGAAGGGCAUCACACUGUCCGGCGGCCAAAAGCAGCGCAUCUCGCUCGCCCGUGCCGUCUACUCCAAUUCUCAGCACAUCUUCUUGGACGACUGCCUGAGUGCCGUCGACUCUCACACGGCGCAGUGGAUCUUCAACAACGCCAUCAAGGGCCCUCUGAUGGCUGGCCGCACCUGCAUUCUCGUCACGCACAACCUCCAGCUCUGCGCUCCCUCCUCUCACUACAUCGUCACCCUGGAAAACGGCAGAAUUACUGCGCAGGGUCCCUCGGCCGAGCUCAUCGCCUCGGGCAAGCUUGGCGAGGAGAUUCAAAAGGCCGCCGUCAACUCUGCCUCGGUGUCCCGAAUCCCGUCCCGAGUCCCGUCUAGUGUCGGCGAGGAUGGAUCAGAAACCGUCGUCAACCCCGGCGACGAGGGCACCACCGAUGCGCGCUCCAAGAAGAACGACAAGAAGAAGGAGCAGAAGGACGCAAUGGAGGAGAAGAAGGCCGAGGGCUCCGUCAAGUGGCCUGUCAUCCAACUCUACCUCUCCUCCAUGGGUUCCUGGUGGUUCUGGGUCGUGGCUCUCACUGUCUUCGGUCUCCAACAGAUGUCCGGCGUUGCCACCAACUUCUGGGUGCGUGAGUGGGCCAACCAAUACGUCGACGAGGAGGUGGAGCGCAUCGCCUUCUCGACCUCGUCCCACACCUACAGCCAGCAGUCUUUCUCUCCGACCUACCUUGCCUCCAUCGCUAACUACGGCAACCGCAUCGGCUCGACCUUCUCUACCACGGUCGCUGCGGAUGUGGACGUCAAGUAUUACCUUACCGUUCUUGCCGCCAUCGGCAUUGGUGGCUCCGUGGCCGCAUUCAUCAGAGAUGUCUGGGUCUUUUAUGGUUCUUUGACGGCGUCCAAGAAGAUCCACAACGACCUGAUCUCCCGCGUGUCCCGAGCCAAGUUUAAGUUCUUCGACGUCACUCCUCUUGGUCAGUUGAUGAACCGUUUUAGCAAGGAUCUUGAGGCGGUGGAUCAAGAAGUUGCCCCGAUCGCCAUUGGGGUUUUUGGCUGCGCUCUCGGAAUUCUCGUAACCGUCAUCCUCAUCACUUGGGUGACUCCCGGCUUCCUUGUUGCGGGUGUCUUCAUCACUGCAGCCUACUGGUUCGUCGGCGCCUUCUACCUGCGCGCUUCCAGAGACUUGAAGCGCCUCGAAUCCGUCCAGAGGAGCCCCUUGUUCCAGCAGUUUGGCGAGACCCUUUCGGGCAUGACCACCAUUCGAGCCUACGGCGACGAGCGCCGCUUCAUCCGGGAGAACCUGUCCAAGAUCAACGUUCAGGCCCGUCCUUUCAUCUAUCUCUGGGCUGCGAACCGUUGGCUUGCCUUCCGAACCGAUGUACUCGGUGACAUGGUUUCCUUCUUUGCCGGUGUUUUCAUCAUCAUCAGCUUGGGUACGGGCACAGUUGAUCCCGGUUCUGCAGGUAUUUCUCUCAGCUACGCCAUUGGUUUCACCGAGAACGUUCUGUGGCUCAUUCGCCUGUACGCCAUCAACGAGCAAAACAUGAAUUCGGUAGAGCGCAUCAAGGAAUACCUCGACGUCGAGCAAGAGGCCGAGCCGAUCAUCGAGAAGAACCGGCCCCCCCAGAAUUGGCCCAGCCAAGGAUCCGUCGAGUUCAUCAACUACUCGACUCGCUACCGCGCCGACCUCGACCCUGUCCUGCGGAACCUCAGCUUCCGAAUCGAUCCCAAGGACAAGGUCGGUAUUGUCGGCAGAACGGGCGCCGGCAAGAGUUCUUUGGCCCUGGCCAUAUUCCGCGCUCUCGAGGCCGAUGAGGGCAAGAUCCUCAUUGACGACAUCGACAUCGGCCUGAUUGGCCUCCGCGACUUACGUGAGGCCAUCACUAUCGUGCCCCAGGACCCUACGCUCUUCAUGGGCACCAUCCGCUCCAACCUGGACCCCUUUGACGCGUACACGGAUGAGCAGAUUUUCGAGGCACUCCGUAAGGUGCAGCUCAUCGGUCCCAACGAGUCGACUUCCAGGCCGGCGACCAGACCGACUACGCCAUCGGCCGGCUCGACGCUGCCGGCCACACCCAAUCUCGGACUUAACCGGGGAGAGUCAACCUCGAGCCCCGGGUCCUCGAUCGCGCCGACCAACAAGAACGUCUUCCUCAACCUUUCUUCGACCGUCUCGGAGUCCGGCUCCAACCUGUCACAGGGUCAGCGCCAGCUGCUCUGUCUCGCUCGUGCUCUCCUGAAGCGGCCCAAUGUGCUCGUCAUGGACGAGGCGACGGCUUCGAUUGACUAUGCGACUGACACUAAGAUCCAAGAGACGAUCCGCGAGCUCACCAGCACCAUCAUCACCAUUGCCCAUCGUCUGCAGACCAUUGUGGACUACGACAAGGUGCUCGUCCUCGACAAGGGCGCUGUUGUCGAGUACGGCCACCCGUACGAGUUGAUUCGCAAGGAGAACGGCAGCUUCCGAAGCAUGUGCGACAUGAGCGGAGAGUACUCGGUGCUGCUCAAGGCGGCCAAGAAGAAGUGGGACUCUGGAAGGCUUGUCGACAUUGAUGACGACGAGGAGGCCGCCAAGGACGACAAUAGGGCCAAGGGUAUCGUCGCAGACAAGGCCCAAAAAGAUACCGAGGAGGCAAAGCAGAAGGCUGAGGCUGAAGCCAAGAAGAAGGCCGAAGCCGAGGCUGAAGCACGGAAGAGGGCAGAGGAAGAUGCCAAGAAGGCCAGACAGGCCGAAGAGGAGGCUAAGAAGGCCGAGGAGGAAGCCAAGAAGAGGGCCGCCGAAGAGGAGGCGAAAAGGCGAGCCGAAGAAGAAGAAACAAAAAAGGCUGAAGAAGAAGCCAAGAAGGCGGGCGGCGGAUAGACUAGGAGCAAGGAAAGGCCGCGCCCUCCUGGUCCUCCAUAAAGGGCCCAGGCCCCUUUCUUCGUGUACUAUUUGGUUUUUAGAGCGGUCAUGCCUCAAAGUUUUGGCCAGCCGUUUGCUGUGUUUUAAUACGGGUAGGGUAGUUACAGACUUCGUAGAUACUGGAGGUUGAAAAA